AUUAUAUCCACCACUACCAAUGUUACUAUGCACCAAACAGACUCAUUUACUUUCUCCUCCUCUAUUUUGACCACUUUCAAUUCCUCAACUCUCUAGCCACAUUACUUUUCCCAUUAUUUUAUUACAUUUUUUUCAUGGAAUUCUAGUAUAUAAUCAAGAGCUAGCAGAUCCAAGGUGGUGCUUAAUCUGUCAACCCAUCAAUCAAUCAAACUUAACCCUCAAAUCAAAUCAUACCCCUCUGCAGAUUAAACAAAAACACUUGAAAAGAGUCCAAGAAAACAAAACAAAACCAAAUCAUGUCCUCCUCAUCUUCUUCUAAUUCUUCUUUGUUAUCUCCUAAUGAACAUCUCCCUCCUCAGUCCUCUGAGAAGCUCUGCUAUGUUCACUGCAAUAUCUGCGACACCGUUCUUGCUGUGAGUGUUCCUUGCUCUAGUUUGUUCAAGACGGUGACGGUUCGAUGCGGCCACUGCACGAACCUACUGCCCGUGAACAUGCGCGCGCUGCUGCUGCCUUCGCCUAAUCAGCCUCAUCACUUGGGGCAUCACUCUCUUUUUCCUCCAAGCCAUCACAGUCUAAUGGAAGAGAUUCCGAACUCCAGCCCUAACUAUAUGAUCAAUCAGGCUAAUAUGAUCAAUGACUUCUCUCUGUCAAGUAGAGCUGGUGGGUUCGAUGAAAUUCCCAGGCCUCCUGCAAUUAACAGACCUCCAGAGAAGAGACAGCGAGUCCCGUCCGCCUACAAUCGAUUCAUCAAGGAUGAAAUCCAGCGCAUCAAAGCCGGAAAUCCAGAUAUCAGCCACAGAGAAGCAUUUAGUGCUGCUGCUAAGAAUUGGGCCCACUUUCCGCACAUCCACUUUGGUCUCAUGCCUGCUGAUCAAACUACAGCCAAGAAGACAACAACUACUGUAUGCCAACAGGACAGCGCGGAAGAUAUCCUCAUGAAAGAUGGAUUUUUCGCCUCAGCUAACAUCGGUGUCUCUCCAUACUAGUAAACAACCAGAGGAAUGUUGUUGAUUUCUUACCCUAGUUAUAACUAGCACUUCUUCGUCGCCUAGAUUCUGUUUCAUCUGUUGUAACCCAGAGAUUUCGAAAUGUAUAUCGAAUGCUUGUUGUAUGUGCUAAUCAAGAACUUGAGUCAUCUGA